UGCCGGUGCAAGGCCAGCUUGCCAGUGAGCCACCACCGAUCGACCCAGAGACCCGCCGAUCGACCCAGAGACCCGCCGAUCGACCCAGAGACCCACCGAGACAGCCAUGCAUCAAUGCGACCAGUGUCCAAAGAUCUUCAAAAAUGCCGCCAAGCUGGAGCGACAUCACCGGUCCCAUACGGGCGAGCGACCCUAUGCGUGCCAGCAUCCGGGAUGCGACAAGCGCUAUGGCCGGUCCGAGCAUCUUGCCGUCCAUGCUCUGUCGCAUCUCGACAACCAGGAGGAGCGGCGUCCCUUCAAAUGCACUUAUCAAGACUGCACAAGGUCGUUUCCGACCAACUGCCAUCUCAAGCGGCACUACCAGACCCAUGAAAAGCCCAAGCCAUACGAAUGCUCCUUCGAAGGCUGCUCGGAGGCAUUCUCGAAGCACCAUCAGCUCCGAAAGCACAUGACAGUUCACACAGGGCAGAAUCCGUUCAUAUGCGAGCACAAGGACUGCACCAAAAGCUUCAAGACUUCCUCGCAGCUCAAAUCACAUAUGCACACUCACUCAGACAGGCUGCGAUACCGCUGUGGAAUCGAUGACUGCGAGAGCGAGUUCAGGCGGUAUGUGGAUCUGCAAGCCCAUCUUCGAGACGACCAUCCGGUAGUCUGCCCAAUCUGCAAUCGAGCCUUUGCGCAGAGAAAAGUCUUGGCCGCUCAUAUGCUUGUCCACGAGCGAACGAGAGAAAAGUUCAAAUGUACAUGGGCGGACUGCGAUCGUGAAUACGUCACGGAAAAGAGCCGCGACACCCAUGUCAAGGCUGCACACGAACGGCUCAAGGAGUUCAAGUGUCCCGUCGAUGGAUGUGGCCGUCUCUUCAGCCGCAGAGAGACCCUGGCUCGGCAUCAGAAGCGACAUGCUCUUGAGAGUGCGAGUGGCCAACUCACACCAAAGAAACGCCGUUCGGACUACACCGGGCCCGGCUCGUUUCGGGAAGAACUGACGGGCCACCACAUGGUCAAGCACCCCAGAAGGACGAUUGCUUGCUAUGCCCAGGACUGCCUACUCAAGUUUUCACGCUACUACGACCUCCAGCGGCACAUUUUGGCAGCACACCCGGAGUGGGAUGGGCUCGAUGGCAAGAGCCACAUCCCUGAUGAACAAGAUGAAGAUGAUUACGAUGAUGCAAGCGAGUUUGGACUGGAUCGAGACGGCAGGACCGACGAGUUCAGCGACUGCACAAGCGAGAAUCUGGAUGAGGGCGAAGAAGAUGACUACUUUGGCGUCAAUAUGGCCUGGGAUGAGAGCAUCAUUUGGCCCGAGCACAAAGGUUGGCACCGGCGGUCCAGCCAGAGCAAGACCAGCGAGACGCCGCUCUCCUGAAGCACCCUGCCUUCGCUAUCUAUGUUGGCAUGAUCUAUACUAUUCGGAAAACCGGGAUACCACACCACUUCCAUGACCAUCACUAUCAAUUUUUUCCGUCCCCCUCGCGGCUGCUCAUCUCGAAUAUGAAUACACGCUGUAGACCAAGAUGCAGCAAAAGUUGGAAUCCGGCCAUG